AAUACGGUUGUAAUUGUUAACAUGAAAUUAUUAACACUAAAUUUUUUAAUAUAUACGAUCUCUGGCUUAUGGCGACCUAUCGAUUGGUCAUCAAACAGUGCUAAGUUUUUAUAUAAUAUAUUCACUUUUUUAAUAUUAUUUUUAAUAUAUUUCUUCUUGAUAACAUUAUUAUUGGAUAUCAUUUUAGUUGUCGAUAGUGUUGAAGAUUACAUAAAUAAUUCUUUCAUAUCCGUGAGUGUAUUUGUUAUUUGUUGUAAAGCGACUGUUAUGAUAGUACGUCGAAGUGCAAUCAUCAAUUUAAUUCAAAUGUUAUUGGAAGAACCAUGUAAACCACAAGAUGAGAAAGAAACAGCAAUACAAGCAAAAUUCGAUGAUUUUAUCAGAUUAUGGACAGUAAGAUAUGCAAUUUUAGUAUCAAGUUCACUCACGAGCUUUACAAUAAAAUCUGUGCUGCUUGUUCUGCAAGGUCAAUUUCCUUACAGAGCAUGGCUACCAUAUAAUUCUACUAUACCAAUAAUGUUCUGGAUUACAAGCAUGCAGCAGAUGAUAUGUUUGGUUUAUGGUAGUAUCAUAAAUGUUGCUGCGGAAACUUUUGUAUUUGGAUUAUUCCUACAAACAUGCGCACAGCUUGAAAUUUUUGAAUAUCGGCUUUAUAAAUUUGUAACUAAAAGAACUAAACAAGCUAAAUGUUUGGAACAAUUAUUGACUUCACCAAGUAAAAAAAAAGCAGUAAUAUCGGAUCAUAUACGCCAUCAUCUCACUAUUUACAAAUACGCCAAAAUGGUAAACGUUAUAUUGAACGAGAUACUAUUUUCCCAAUUUUUCGCCAGUAUUUUGAUACUAUGUACAAAUAUAUAUUACAUGUCAGCACAUAUUACAGAGUACGAAAUUGCGACUUUUUUUUUCAUGUACACUAUCUGCAUGUUUGUACAAAUUUAUUUCUUUUGCUGGCCAGGAAACGAAGUCAUACUUAAGAGUAACAGCGUAGGAGAUACGAUAUAUCAUAUGGACUGGCCUUCACUAUCAGUCAGCGAGAAAAAAGAUUUGUUAUUGAUUAUGAUACGUACUACAAGACCAAUAAAAUUUACCAGCAGUUUCUUGAUAAUAUUGUCUCUUGAGUCUUAUAGCAACGUAAGUCUUUUUAUAAUAAAAUAA